AUGACGGCCAGCGUGACCUCUCCCUCUGGCCAGACUUCACCUUGUGACGUAAUCUGCACAUCGCCGGGCAAAUAUUCUAUUCGCUUUAUUCCUCGCGAGAUGGGUGCUCAUACGGUAUCUGUCAGACAUCGUUCAAUGCACAUUGCAGGAAGUCCCUUCCAGUUUACGGUGGGCCCCAUCACGGAGGGUGGUAGCGACAAGGUGCGCGCUACCGGCCAGGGUCUUCAAUAUGGAUAUGUGGGCAAAACCAACGAAUUCAACAUUUACACGCGCGAAGCUGGAGCUGGCGGACUCUCAAUCGCGAUCGAGGGUCCGAGCAAAGCCGAGAUCGACUUUGAG